AUGGCAACUAUGAGCACCCAAAUUAUCAACUUCCCUGAGAAGAAAUGCUCAUUAUGUCGGUGUUCGCUUCCCAAGGAAGGGUUCUUUCGCAAGGGCAAAGAAUGGAAGACCUGCAACUAUUGCUCAUUAAAGGGCUCCUGCAAUCGUAGGGCACAAUCAUUAUUUUUUUAUGACAAUCUAGGACGGCUUACGGAAGGACUACAAAUCGGACAGCCCCUGGGUCAAGUACCAGCACAACUCCAGUACCAGCAGCUGCUGACCGAGCAGGUUCCGUUCGAGCAACAACAGUUUGAACAACAACGAUUUCAAACCCAAGCCGAGCAACCGGGUCAGCGGAUGACGAUGGAUUGUCUUCUGAAUGACCCAGAACUUUAUGCAGCUAUACCAUCACAGCUAUAUGAGCCACAGCGAGGGACGAUGCAUCCAACCCAACAACUUUACCAAGCAGACUCGACGCAAGCCCAAAUUGACCAGCACCUGGCCUGUCCGAUACCGGAGCCAGAACUAUUCGUACCACCAUCCCCAGAUUUUCCUGUGAAUUCAGACAUGGGUAUACCUCCUCCAUGCCAUUUGGUGGAUCUCAACUUGUACAGCAACUUCAAGACUAAUGGAGCAGAGCAGGACGACUACAACUUCGACUUUGCCCUGGGUCCGGGUGAUCCGGAGUUUGACUUUGAGGAGUGCCUUACGAAUGCUCUUUGUGCGGAUUUGCAAACCAUGAAUGGCGUUGAGCCAUCGUUUUUCGAUGAGCCCAGCCUGGAAAAUAGCAUUGAGCGAGCAAAUUCGAUGUCUCCGACGAAGGAGUGUGAUGCCAAGUAUCAACCUCCGUCUCGCAAUUUUGAUUUGGUAGACUUGAAAUCUGCUGCUACCCAAGGGAACCUCUUUCCGACUACUGCUGACGGGCCCAAGGCUCAAGCGCAGGAUGCUGAGGAGUGCAUGCCUAAGCCAGCGCCAGCACGCUUCUCUCUCGACGAAGUUUUCGCAAACUUGGACGCGUCGCAAGACAUUCUUCACCAGCCCGCCAUCCCGAAUCGAAACCUGGCCGGCGCAGCACUCACAGCGUAUCUCGUUUCCGAACUUGGAUUGGCCGUUCGCCUCUCCCAACUACACUGCCGCUGGCGGAAAAUGAAGCAACACAACUUCUUCAAGGAACUGAACCUGUUGGCGAACCUGGAGAGCCUGGAGACCAUUACGCCUUGGGGCCCCUUUUCAGACGUGUUGAACAUAUACGAGCUUGGUCUAGAGAAAGUUAUCGAUCGCCAUGGUUACAACGAGAACCUAGAUUGGAGAAUGGAAAACGCUGCCAAAGCCAGCAUGCGAAUUCUGGCUCGUACGGUAAAGGCUUAUGUAAUUCAGAUGGUUCGCGAGGCCAUCGAUCAGAACAUUCAAGCUUUGCUCAAGCUGUUCCUGGUUGGAACUGAUCACUCCGAGCACAAGAUCAAGACUGAGCUCGAUCGGCAGCUGCGUUCUUUGAAAGCAGCAGUCGUUGAGAAUUGCGAGGAUACUGGGGUCUUACGUCUGAAGAAGGAUUGUCGAGGUACCUAUAUCGAGGGCUAG